AGCUGUGUCCAAUCACAGCUGAUCACAUGGGACAUGUACACUGAUCAUCAGAGCACUGAUGAUCAGUGUAGCCCCAGCAGUGUCACCUGUCAGUGUCCAUCAGUGCCAGCUGUCAGUGCUGAACAGUGCAACGUGCCACUGCCCAUCAGUGCCACAUGAAUGCCACAUAUCAGUGCCUACCAGUGCACAUCAAUGCCACAUAUCAGUGCUCAUCUGAGCUGCCUAUCAGUGCCACCUACCAGUGCUGCCAAUCAGUGCCAGUCAGUGCCGCCUAUCAGUGUGCAUCAGUGCCAGUCAGUUCUGCCUAUCAGUGCUGCCUUUCAGUGCCCAUCAGUAAUGCCUGUCAAUGCCCAUCAGUGCCACCUACCAGUGCCUCCUCAUCAGUGUCCAUCAGUGCAGCCUAUCAGUGCCCAUCACUGCAGCCUCAUUAGCGCACAUCAGUGAAGGAGAAAAAUCACUUAUUUACAAAAUUUUGAAACAAAAACUAAGAAAAAAUGUUUUUUGUUUCCAAAAUUUUCAGUGGUUUUUGGUUUGUUUUAAGAAAAAAUAA